AUGUCACAAGUCAACCAACUCGAUGCCUCCCUCAAUAAACACCUGGAUCGCCGCAAGGCCCGCGACAUGUUCCGCAGCCUGACCCUCGUCCCUCCCGGCACAGCAGACUUCUCCUCAAACGCAUACCUCUCCCUGUCUGCUCAGCCAUCGGUCAAAAAAACGUUUUUGUCACGACUUCAAGACGCCGCACACGCCAACACCCCAUCUCUCCUCGGCUCAGGAGGCUCCCGUCUCCUCGAUGGAAACUCACCCAAGGCGGAAGCGCUCGAGAAAACCCUCGCCGCCUUUCACAGUGCCCCUGCUUCCCUACUCUUCAACUCAGCCAUGGACGCCAACGUGGGACUCUUCAGCUGUGUGCCGCAGCCAGACGAUGUUGUCCUGUACGACGAGCUGGUUCACGCUAGUAUCCACGACGGGAUGCGUCUCAGCCGAGCUGCCGAAAAGUUAUCGUUUGCGCACAGCACAGUCUGGAGCACCGAGGAGACUGUGGAGCACGGAAAACGGAAGCCCGAGUCGCUGGAAACGGUCUUGGUGGGCCUUCUCAGCAGACCAGGUGGGCAUCUCUUCAAGUCCGGGGAGAGAAACGUCUUUAUUUCCGUUGAGGGUGUCUACAGCAUGGAUGGGGAUGUUUGUCCCCUGAAAGACAUCACAGACUGUGUGGAACGUUGGCUGCCAAAAGGAAACGGACUUGUUAUCGUCGAUGAGGCUCACUCGUUAGGGGUUUUUGGGGAAAGAGGCCAAGGUCUAGUGUCCGAGCUGGGCCUCGAGGAUCGAGUGUGGGCGAGGGUGAUGGGGUUUGGCAAAGCGAUGGGCUGUUCGGGCGGGCUCAUCUUGUGUUCUGACAUCACCCGAUCAUACUUGAUCAACUAUGCUCGCACGCUCAUCUACACGACUGCCAUGGCGCUUCCGUCUCUGAUCAGUAUCGAGGUCGCUUACGAAUUCAUGAUGAGCGGCGGAGCUGAGCCACUGGUUCAUCGCCUCAAAAACCUCGUCAAGAACGCCCACUGCUUCUUGGUUGAGCCAAAAUCCUCCAUUAUCCCGGUAUUUACCGAUCAUCCACGCAGCCUAGCAGGUCACUGUCAACAGAACGGAUUCAUGGUGCGCCCUAUUGUCUCUCCAACGGUGCCCAAGGGAACAGAGAGGAUACGUCUAUGCCUUCACGCUGCCAACACUGCAGAUGAGGCUGUCGGGAUAGUGUCAGCAAUAGAAUCAUGGGUAGUUUCUCAGAUGAAUGUUUCAAAGUCGAGACUCUAG